AAUACGGACACAGACGCGGUAGUGUCCUGGGCUUGUCAACGGGAAAGUCGUACGAUUUUCACGUCACAACUGGAAAACGGUACGGACCGUCCAAGCCUUCAUGGUCGGAAUGCAGCUCGGAAUCUAGCUCACAGCUCACGCGGGUGCUCGAGCUAUCUGCUGCUUAUCUGCUGCGGUAUCCCUACAGCAGCACAGAGAUGCAGGUGCUUGGUCUCGCUUACCACUUCGCAGACGUGAGGAACGCAUGCUGGAGCAAGUCACAGAACACUGCAUGUGUCGCCUCAUGUCUCGCUUACUUUGCGCAAAUAAAGAUGCUGAACGUGCACUGGAUUAUUUACAGGUGUCAUACACAUCGCACACGCACUGUCAUGGAGAAUGCACAGAUGGCGGGCGUCCUCGUCGCUGAUUGGGCAGAUACACGGAGUCCGAAAGUGGUGGACGUGGGAGGAGGAGACCCGGUAGUCAAUACUUAGUAGAGGCUGUGGUACUCUAACCCUCUAAACGGUGGUGCAAAUACCAAUUGCAGCUUCUUUUCUGAAUCACGAUAGUCAUUGCUGACGUCGAGAGGGGCCGUGGCUCUUGACUCGCAGCGAGCACCCAUCUGCCCCUCAUCUGCACUCGGAAGGAUGAGGAACGCGAGAUACUGCGUGUUGAGGGUGAUGAUAGUGUUGAACUGCAGUGAUGGUCUUGGAUAGCCAGCAUUGUAGGCGAUGCAGCAGCUGCUGGGAGAUAGCGAGGGCCCAACGCGUAACUCGCCGUGUAUUCCGGCUCGUCGUUGGCCUCGCAAGCGUAGACUAAUGCGGAAUGAGCCCAACAU